AUGGAACCAGCAGAAAACAAUUUGGGAAAAAAAUGUAGAAGUAGUAGAACAACUUUUGAAAUGGAAAAAGGAAAAAUGAAAUUAGUAGAACAACUUUUGAGCCAAACGCAAUUGGAUUAUUUAAAACUUAAGGGCGCAGUUCAUCUUCGAGGAGUUUUUGAAAGGUGGGAAGAGAUUUCAUUGGAUCAUACUAAUAGUACACGAUUUAAACGAUGGAAAGUAUAUCUUGAAAAAAAUAAUAAUGAGAACUUAAAAAAUUUUCAGAGUUUCUGGAACUGGGAGAAGGCUAUAAGCAGUGUAGAUGUGGCAAAUGAAAUGAAAAAUUUUUAUAAUUGGUUAUCUACAAAAAUUCAUAACUCCACUUCAACAGCUGAUCGUGUAGAAUGGCGAAGGGCGGAAUUACCACAAGAAUGGACCAGGACUUCUCCACCAUUGCUUUUCCAUGAAGGUAAUGAGAGUCGAGAAUUUCAUAUUUUAUGUGGAUCACUCACGGGUACACGACAGCUCGGACAAGUUGCAUCUUCUUUAGAGAACUGGUAUACAUUUAAGAUGGAAGUUAUGUUUAAGGUUUACUUCGCGUAUAAUGGAUCAGAGUUAUUACACAAAUGUUUGUGGGAUGCUGGUCCAGUGAUUUGA